CAGCGACGGGGAACCACUCUCCAAAUGCUACUGGGAUUCAACUCCCAUCAGGCUCAACCAGCGUGGGCAAUGGCCAGGGAUGAUAAAAGUUUUAGUCCAGCCGGGGGGCGGGGGGAAAUAAGGCGAGCAUAACAGUCUAUCUUUGGCUUUCUGGGUGGAAGGGCGGGAUAUAUAUUUAAUUAAUAAAUAAACAAUAACAUAUUUUUAAUAUGGUAGCUGAGGGUAUUUUGCCUAAGGAAGAGGCAAUUCAUACAUUAACCAGGAAACAGCACUUACAGGUCUCUGUUCCCUAUCAUGAGUAGAUUUAGUAAACUCCGUUCUGCAAUGCUGUUGACCAGAUACAACUUGAGGAGAAGAAGUACUCUGGAUGAGAUCUGUAAAGAUGCAUCUUUUUUAUAUCCCCCUCCUGAUGGGGGUUGGGGCUGGGUUGUGGUGCUGGCAGCAGCUACCCAUUCCUUGUUUAUCAGUGGCUUUCACAAUGCUUUUGGUGUUUACAUGAUGCCCCUUCUUGAGACUUUUCAGUCAAGCAACUCACAGAUAGCCUGGAUUGGAUCCAUCAGCUAUGCUUUCAUUAUGAUUUUUGGUCCUGUUUCUGGAAAACUUCUGGUGAAAUAUGGAGCCAUAAAAGUUGCAAUAAUAGGAGCUUUAGUUGUCAUGUUUGGUCUACUGUGUUCAUCCUAUUCCCAUGAUUUGCGUCUACUGUUUUUCACUCAUGGGAUCAUUGUUGGUGUAGGAUCAAGCCUGGGUAGCACUCCAGGCCUGAUAAUGGUAAGCCUUUACUUUACUAAAAAGCGCUCAUUUGCAACUGGAAUGGUGAUGGCAGGAGGGGCUAUAGGAACUUUUGUGCAGAAUAAACUUCACCAGUACCUAAUUCAGACCCUUGGAUGGAGAGUUAGUCUACGUGUAUACAGUGGGACUCUAAUAAUAUGUAUUAUUGCUGGAUUUGCAUAUAAACCUCUUCAAAAACAUAGAGCUCAUCCAAGUGUAGUUGAAAAGUUUAAAACAUCCCCACUAAGAGGUUUUAUUGUUGAUUUAAGUUUGUGGAAAGAUCGUAUCUUUGAAGUUUGGGUCUGUUCUCUUGGACUAGCCAAAUUUGGAUUCUUCAUACCUUUUGUGCAUAUGAUUAAACUUGCGGGUGACUUGGGUAUUCCAUUGGAAAAAGCAUCCUACAUCAUGGUAGCAAUUGGAUUGAGCAGCACAGUUAGCUGUCUUCUAUUUGGAAAAAUAUGUGAUAGUGAACGAAUUGAUAGGCUUUAUCUUAACCAGGUAUCCAUAUUGUCUGUUGGUGUGGUAUAUUUUAUUAUUCCUCACUGUACCAACUUUGUCUCUCUAAUAGCAAUUUGUGCUGUUUUGGGAUUUUUUGAUGCAGGAAAUUAUGUUCUCUUACCUGUCCUUACUUUUGAUUUGAUGGGUGCGGAAAAAAUGCCUGUUGCAUGGGGUUUUUUGAUGGCUGUGAAUGCAAUCAGUUGUUUUGGUCCACCCUUUGCAGGUGGAAUGUAUGACAUGUUUGGCAGUUACACUAUUGGCUUUGUAGUAACUGGAGUUUGCAAUAUUGCAGCAGCUAGUAUACUUGCUUUUAUUCCAUGGCUGCAAAGAGCAGCAAUACAGUCGAAGAAAAACUAUAUUAAUGCUUCCGUAUGUGAAAUAUCACGGACCAUUGUUCCUUGGCAAUCACCAACUCCUUCAUUAGGGAGUCUAGCCUCCUCAUACACAAAAUCGAUUUUGGCUCCUGAAGAGUGUCCAUCAGACCAUUCAAAAAGAUUUAGUAUUAAAUCAUUCAGUGUGAAAUCAUUAAAAAGCAUAAUGAAGUCAGAUGCAACAUCUCAUAAAAGUGCAACAGGGACUUUGACUCCGCACAGAAAAGAAGGGACUCCUGUCUCAGCUGCUGAAACACUGGAUGUUGACUCACAAGAGCAUGUUGAAAGUGCAACUGAUUUGUUGCCAAUGCAAGAGCUAGCCAUAUCAGAAACAUCAUCAUUUAAAAGUGAAAAUGGAUUGAUAAAACAGGGAGAACUCACUCCCCACAGAAAAGAAGAUGGAGUGGCUUUCAUUGACGAAGAUGAAGAAGAGCAAUCUGAAAGCCCAAUUGAUUUGAGGCCGAUGCAGCAACUAACCAUUCCGGAUGCAGAAACUUCAGAAUCUACAAAAGAAUUAGAACGUAUUCCCCACAGAAAACAAAAUGGAGUGGCUUUUGUAGAUGAAUAUAAUGGUGAUGAAGGAGAGAAAUCUGAGAUCGCAACUGAUUUGAAGCCAGUGCAGGAGCUGACCAUACCAGAUGCAGAAACUUCAGGAUCUGUAAAACAAGCAGAGCGCAGAGUGGCUUUUGCAGAUGAUUAUGAGGAUGAUGAAGGUGCGCAUCCUGGGAGUAAAACUGAUCUGAGGCCAGUGCAGGUGCCAAAUAUAUCAGAUGCAGAAACGACAGGAUCUGCAAAACAAGCAGAGCGUAGAGUGGCUUUUGCAGAUGACUAUUAUGGUGAUGAAGGUGCACAUCCUGGGAGUGCAACUGAUUUACGGCCAGUGCAGGUGCUAAAUAUAUCAGAUGCAGAAACAUCAGAAUCUGUAAAGCAAGCAGAACGAAUUCCCCACAGAAAAGAAGAUGGAGUGGCUUUUGCAGAUGAUUAUUAUGAUGAUGAAGAAGCACAUCAUGGGGGUGCAACUGGCUUGAGGCCGGUGCAGGUACUGACCAUAUCAGAUGCAGAAAUCUCAGGAUCUGUAAAGCAGGCAGAACACUUUCCCCUCCAAAAAGGGGUGGCUUUCAUAGAUGACUAUGAUGAUGGUGACGAAGAAGAGCAACUUGAGAGCACAGCUGAUUUGAGGCCAGUGGGAGUUCCCUUUAAAAGUGAAACUUCAGCACAUGUAAAAGAGGCACAGCAAAUGCUUUCUACUUCCCACCGAAAAGAAGAUAGUGUGGCAUUUGCCACUGAUGACAGUGAAGACAUUGAACAACCACCACGACAGAAAUGAGUGCAUGCGUAAUAUUAAUGAUGCUAGAGCAGUUAUCAGUCUGUAUGUCUGGCUAGUGCUUUGACUACACUCUACACUUGCAAUGUUUUAUUUGAGUAGCACUCGCAAAUCAUUAUUUUCAAAAGGCAUUUCUUUUCGUUGUAUAUUACUUUUGUAACUUAGUUUCACAAACAAUAUGUAAGUGACUGGAUUUCCAGUGGCAAUUUAAAACUUUUGACAGAUUGCUUAAAAAAAAUACUAAUAAAAUUAAGAUGCCCUUAAGAUUUGAUAUUUCUGUAGCUGGAGUUGCUUGUCAUUAAUACUAUUUAGCCUCUGCUGGAAUGUGGUAUAUUUAGUUUUCUUUCACAGUUGCAAGAGACAACAUAUAUAUAAAAAAGAAAAUAUUUUAUUCUUUGUGUUACUUUGAUUCAGUUGUUUUCUUCUGUGCUGCUGGGGCAUUUCUUAGAUGGUAUAGUGUUUCACUGAUUUUUAUGACCAGUAUAGUUACAGAGAAGUGUGACUGGCAGAGCAAUCCAAACACUGACCAGGCAGGAGCAGGGCAUGACACAGCAGCAGAGUCAUUGCUAUAUCUGCAACUCUGUCACUCAUGCUACCCAUGGCAGGGAAAACCCUGCCCUAAGGCUAAACCAGUCUGGAGCUGGGGUCUAGUGGAUCCUGGGCAGGCACAGUCCCUUUCCACAACACCCUAUUUUAGGGCAGAAAGCCUACCAGCAGUACUUCCAUCCACCUGCACUUUUGGUGAGUGGAAUAGGGAACCCACCCUUCCAAUGACCUUACCCCCAGCAUGGAGUAUUGGGAGCGUGGGUUGCACCUUAAAUAGUAGAUCUAGGCAAUACAUUGCUUGUGCUGUUGAACGUUUUUUGGGAUGUCUUUUAUUGCCAGUUGUUGCUUCUGAUUAUUAUAUUCUGUGGGUUGUGUCCAAUGCUGCAUGAGCAAGUUCCACUCUUGUAACGGGGCUUUCUCUUCCUCUCCUCUCCCCACAUGCCCUCGAAAUCUGCAAAGGAGAGGGGGAAAUUCUGUCGCACAAGCAGAAAUCUGUUGUGUGAGUAGAACAACAGUGCUGGAUACAACAACCUUAUAUUUUAAAAUAUAUUGUCUUGUUUGUAAGCUGCCCAGUGAAUAUUUAUGGAUGUGUGUGUAUGUAAAUGUAAUAAAAUAAAC